AUGGCUGACCCCAGCUUCCCAGAUUACAGAACUCUUUAUCUGCAGGCGGAAGAGAGACGGUGUCAGGAAGCAGAAGGGAGGCGGCAGGAAGCAGAAGGGAGGCGGCAGGAAGCAGAAGGAAGGCGACAGGAAGCAGAAAGAAGGCGGCAGGCGGAAGAGCGCGAGAAGCGAGAAGCAGAAGGAAGACGGCAGGCAGAAGAGCACAAUCGACCGACCACUUUCACGGAGCUCAUUCAGCACUGCCAUGUCCUUCUCUCCCGAUCGCUGAGAAUUGAUUCACCAUCCCGCUCAACAACUGGGAAAAUACCUCUUCCCACCGGAAAAUACUGCCCGACUCGAUUGGAACAUUGGACCGACUGCCCAGAACAGCUCUCAGAGGUCUACAGGUCCGUCUGUCAAUAUCUUCAGCCCGAGCCGGGAGAGGCACCACGUCUAUUCUCGUCUCUGGCCGAAAUAGAAGGGCUCGGUCGUCGAUUUGCUCGCAAGCCACUUAGUAGCGAGCAAGAACUUGAGGCCUACGAGCGGUUUGGCGUGGAGGAACAUGUCCACGAUAUAAUCAUCGAGCUGUGCAAACUGCCAGCUGCUCGUGAGGAGUUCGGGCUCGGUGAUGGAAUCCAGUUCAGCAAUCAUACGAAUUCCUUGAACGAGAACGAACCCGUUGAAGCUGACGCAAGCCAAUUGCCGAGCACAAGUCACCCACGACCUGACCAGUUUUGCAUAAAUCGUGUCGACGGUAACUCGACCACCGUCCUGACGACGGUCGAGUACAAGCCACCUCACAAGUUGUCUGUUGCAACCUUUCGUAUGGGACUUCGACCAAUGGACCUAUGGAAUGAUAUGGUCAGAUUUAAUAAAAUCCCUACCGACCAGGAAGCAAAGUUGAAGCACAGUGCAGAGCGCCUCGUCUGCUCCGCCAUUGUGCAAGAGUACCAUGUGAUGAUUCAGGAAGGACUCGAAUAUUCAUAUGUGACAAAUGGGCUUACCCGUGUUCUCCUCCGUGUUCCGCGUGACCAGCCUAGCACGGUCUAUUACUUUUUCUGUGAUCCUCACAGCGAAGUAAACCCGGAAAGCGAUACGGUUGUCCAGCUAUGGAAGUCGUCUGUUGCGAGGGUGUUGUGUCUUUGUUUGAUGGCAUUUCGCUCACCCAUCCGUGAGCAAGAAUGGAGAAAUCGCGUGCGCCCAAAUCUUCACAAAUGGAAGACAAACUUCGAUCACACGCGUUCGCAGAUUCCGAGAAGCGAGCUACAGCAAAUCUCCCACUCCGAUAGCACGAACCCUGAUUUUCCAAGUCCGGAGUCUGGUACAUCCUAUGGACUACCAUCGUCGUCUCCGCUGCCGUCUCCCUCGGAGGGCCGUCGA